AUGGUGAAGAGGAGCGACACGAUGAAGAGGAGCGACGUGAUGAAGAGGAGCGACAUGGUGAAGAGGAGCGACAUGGUGAAGAGGAGCGACACGAUGAAGAGGAGCGACGUGAUGAAGAGGAGCGACAUGAUGAAGAGGAGCGACGUGAUGAAGAGGAGCGACGUGAUGAAGAGGAGCGACAUGGAGCGACAUGAUGAAGAGGAGCGACGUGAUGAAGAGGAGCGACGUGAUGAAGAGGAGCGACAUGGUGAAGAGGAGCGACAUGGUGAAGAGGAGCGACACGAUGAAGAGGAGCGACGUGAUGAAGAGGAGCGACAUGAUGAAGAGGAGCGACGUGAUGAAGAGGAGCGACGUGAUGAAGAGGAGCGACGUGAUGAAGAGGAGCGACGCGAUGAAGAGGAGCGACACGAAGAGGAGCGACACGAAGAGGAGCGACGUGAUGAAGAGGAGCGACGCGAUGAAGAGGAGCGACACGAAGAGGAGCGACACGAAGAGGAGCGACACGAAGAGGAGCGACGCGAUGAAGAGGAGCGACACGAAGAGGAGCGACACGAAGAGGAGCGACACGAAGAGGAGCGACACGAAGAGGAGCGACGACGAAGAGGAGCGACAUGGUGA